UGAAAGGCAGAUUUCCGAAGAAAACUACCUGUGAGUUUUGAGUGAUAUGCAGUCAUAUUAGGAUGAUUCUAUUCUUCAGACCAAAUAUGUUUGGGUUUUUUAUUGUUUUCUUGCUGCUGUCAACUGCAGACACACAAACUGUUGAAAAAUCAAUGUACAUGGUGGCCGUUACUUCAAACACUGUGAGUGGUAGCACAGAGACAUUAUGUGCUCAACUUCUACCGAAGGAUUCAGUCACAUUUACAAUCGUCUUAAAAGUGAACGGUGAGAGAGACAGAUUCCUGCUGAAUGAAACAGUGAGCGAGGACUUCAGCCAGUGUGUGUCUUUCCAGGUUCCUGCUGUGUCCACUGCCACAAUAGCCACCAUACAUGCUACUGUCCGCAGUCCAACUGAGACUCUGGAGAAUACGACCAAGAUCCUCAUCAAUACCCACACCAGCUUUGCUAUCAUCCAAACUGACAAACCUAUCUAUAAACCAGGACAGACAGUAAUGUUCCGCAUUGUGACACUGGACGACAAUAUUUUGCCUUUCAACAAAUUGUAUCCCACUGUGGCACUAAAGGACCCAAACAACAAUCGCAUUGUCCAGUGGCUAAACCAGUCAUCUGCCAGUGGAAUACUUGACUUCUCUUAUCCCAUGACCCCCGAGGCAGUGCAGGGGGUCUAUGUCAUCAAUGCGUGGGACAAGCAAGGGAGGGAAACCUCUCGUACAUUUAAAAUUGAAAGAUAUGUUCUUCCAAAGUAUGAGGUGAAAGUUCAUCUUCCAGAUGUAAUAUUUGCCCAAGACACAGAGUUAACAAUGAAAGUUUGUGGAAAGUAUACUUAUGGAAAGCCUGUCUUAGGAUCUGUAAAGGUAGAGGUGCAUCUGAGACCUACUUGGUUAACAUAUGGUCACCAGUCAUUUCCAUCCUUCAAAUACAACAUGAGAACAAACAAGACUGGUUGUGCCACAAACAUUAUUAACCUGAUCCCAAUGAAACUAAAUCAAGCUUUUCAUAUGAACACAUUGACUUUUGACUGUGUGAUCGAAGAGCAUGAAACUGGUGAGGUCCUACAUGGAAGUGGCAGUGUGCAGAUACAGCGGCAGGAAUUUGUCAUUGUCUCAUUUGAAGAUACAGUGUCUACUUUCAGGCCAGGGAUUCCAUACGAAGUCAAGGUAAAAGUAACUGGUGCUAGAUCCACCUUGCCUAAUGCACCAGUUGUCUUAGUUGUCAAUCAGGAAACUAGGUGGAUGCUGACCACAGACAGCAAGGGUGUGGCAAGAUUCUCAUUGAAUACAUCCUCUUGGACAAGUGAAUAUGUCCGCUUAGAGGCCCAUUACAAGGAAUACAGGUCUCCAUCAUAUCCCUUAUUUCCAUCUCACAUUCCUCAUUUUAGCCAAACCCACUUUAUUCCUGCUCACGCCUCAGUGAUGAAGUUUUACUCAAAAAGCAAGAACUUUGUGAAGAUCAUGCAAGCUUAUGGGGAGCUUCCCUGUGACCAGGAAGGACUCCUUAAGGUUAAGUACAUCAUUCAUGGAACAGCACUGCAGAACAGUGAGGAAUUCCUCAACUUUUUCUAUCUGGUGCUGCUGAGAGGCAGGGCUGUGCACCACGGACAUCUUCAGAUAGCUGUCAAAAAAGACAAAGUGAACAAAGGUGAGUUCACACUUCAGCUACAACACACCAGAGAGCUGGUUCCAUACGCUCAGGUGUUGGUCUCCACAUUGCUACCAAGUGGGGAGGUAGUGGCUGACAGCUAUACUGUUCCAAUCCAGAAGUGCCUGAGGAACAAGAUUUCCCUCAAGUUCUCCUCAGACCAGGAGCUGCCAGGGGAGAAGAUAUCUCUGGAUCUGACUGCUAACCCUGGUUCUCUCUGCUCUCUGAGGGCCGUUGAUCAGAGUGUGUUGCUGAUGGCACCUCAUGAAGAACUGACCGUGGACUCUGUACUCAGAGAGCUACCAUUUCAAAGGAUGUCUGGGUAUCCAUACAAUACAGAGGAAGUGGACCCACGAUCGUGCUAUCCCAGUACCAUAGGGGUGACCCCAAGGGUUGAUUGGAUAUAUCCACCACCCAGACCUGUGCAAAAGAGAUCACUGUUUCAUUUUGGCUUCAGUGCUCCAAAUGACAUUUACAGCAUUUUUAAGGAAAUUGGAGUUAAGAUCCUGACCAAUUCUGAUGUCAGAAAACCUAUUAUCUGUCAACCUAUGUUUCCUUACCAUUUUGGUCCAGCACGUAUCCCUGCUUCUUCUGGAGGUCCAGUGCCAGAUAUGUUAGGGGUUGAAGGAGGUCUCCCGGGAUCAGCAGUGCCCCAGGGGCCAGGAGGACCAGUGGGUGCUUCGCUCAUACCUGUUGUCCAACCACUAUUACCAUCCUUGCAAACAGUACGCACAUAUUUUCCAGAAACCUGGAUCUGGGAUUUGGUGCCAGUGGGCGAUUCAGGCUCAGCAAAGGUAGAACACACUGUGCCGGACACAAUCACAAAAUGGGUGGCUGGGGCGUUCUGCACCUCCCCCACAGGCUUUGGUUUAGCCCCCAACACUGACCUCACAGCCUUCCAGCCCUUCUUCGUCAGCCUCACCCUGCCUUACUCUGUCAUCCGAGGUGAAGCGUUUACAUUGAAAGCAACUGUGUUCAACUACCUCUCCAAAUGUAUCAUGGUCCAGGUCAAUCUCAAUGAGUCGGCCCAGUACGCAGCCCAGCCCUGUGAAGGGUGCAAGUAUACCCACUGUUUGUGUGGAGAAGAAAGCAAAACGUUCAAGUGGAUCCUGAAACCUGCUGAUCUUGGGGAGGUGAGUGUAAACGUGAGAGCGGAGGCCCUGAGGACAGAGGAGCUCUGUGGCAAUGAGGUGGUCACUGUGCCUGAGAGGGGACGCAUUGACACCGUUGUCAGGACACUGCUGGUUGAGGCUGAGGGAACAACAGAGACCAUCACCCAUAAUGCAUUAGUAUGCCCUGCAGAGAACCCAGUGGAGAGGGUCAUUUCUUUAAAGCUCCCAGAAGUAUAUAUUAACGGUUCUGUGAAAGCCUUCCUAUCAGUUCUUGGCGAUUUAAUGGGUCAAGCCAUGAAGAACUUGGGUAACCUACUGGCCAUGCCAUUUGGUUGUGGGGAGCAGAACAUGGUCCUGUUUGUCCCCAACAUCUAUAUUCUCAACUACCUGGAGAGCACCAAGCAGCUGACUGAGGAGAUCAAGGCCAAAGCUACUCGUUUUCUGGAGAGUGGCUACCAAAAAGAGCUAAACUACAAGCAUGAUGAUGGAUCUUACAGCGCUUUUGGGAAGAGUGACCAGUCUGGUAACACCUGGCUCACGGCAUUUGUGCUCAAGUCAUUUGGAGGAGCAAGGCCAUACAUCUUUGUCGAUCCCAAACAUAUCAGUGAUGCCAGGGCAUGGCUGGCUCAGCAUCAGCAAAUCGAUGGCUGUUUCAGGGCUGUUGGAAAGCUGUUUAACAACAGAAUGAAGGGUGGAGUCAGUGAUAAGAUCUCCCUCACUGCUUACAUCACUGCUGCACUUCUUGAACUGGACAGAAGUGCCUCCGAUCAAAUGGUGGCAAGGAGCUUGCAUUGUCUGAGAGCUGCCUCUUACCAGCUGGACAACCUCUACACCACUGCCUUGCUCUCCUACACCUUUACACUGGCUGGGGACCAGGAGAUGAGGGACAAGCUAAUCACCCACCUUGCCAAGGAGGCCAAAACAACAGGAGGGUCCUGCCACUGGGAAUACACAGAUGCAUCAAGCAAGAAGACAGAUUCUCUGGAGGUGGAGAUGACCUCCUACGUGCUCCUUGCCCUGCUUUCAGGUCCACAGCUACCAGAUUUCGGCCUGGACUAUGCCUCAAGUAUUGUUCGCUGGCUGGUCCAGCAACAGAACCCUUAUGGUGGGUUCUCUUCUACACAGGACACAGUGGUGGCCCUGCAGGCUCUGUCACUGUAUAGCGCUGCUACCUUCAGCCCAGAGGGUGACACUACUGUGACCGUGACUUCUGGUGGUGGAUACAAGCGAGAGUUUGUGGUUAAUCGGCACAAUAGGCUGCUGUACCAGGAGGAGCGACUGACAGAGGUACCAGGGGACUACAACGUAAAAGCAGAAGGCAAGGGCUGCACACUUGUGCAGAUUGCACUACAUUACAACAUUCCUCCUCCUGCAGACUUUUCUGCUUUCAGUAUAACAGCCAAGGUAGAGGGGUCCUGUAACAGCACAAGAAAGGCCUUAACUGUGACAGUGGAAGUGAGGUACAACGGUAGGCGAAAAGAAACCAACAUGGCAAUCCUCAGUAUUAAGCUUCUGUCUGGAUACCUCCUGGACAAGAACUCUGUCAAUCUUCUGAAAAAUCAGCAUAAUGUGAAGCACAUUGAAGAGGGUAAAGGGCAUGUUAACAUAUACAUCGAUGAGCUCAAGAAAAUGGUUCCCAGCAAAUAUUCUCUAUCCAUAAUAGAAGAUAUACCUGUUAGAAAUCGAAAGCCAGCUGUAGUCAAGAUAUAUGACUACUAUCAGACAAGUGAUGAGGCCGUCGGUGAAUACAGCUCCCCAUGUACUGAGGGUGAUGAAUUAAAUGAGCUGUAAAAAGCAUCACCCUAAAGGUCUUGAUGAAGAUGAUUUAUUCUGUUGAACAUCUUAUUGUCUUUUUUGACACAGUGAUCCUGUGACACGGAUUUUUCACUUUCCAAAAUGUGGAAAUGUAUAUCACAAUAAAUGUAAAAAAUCUGAUGCAGUUAAAA